GCUAACAGCAGAGCGUUAACUUGUGGGUAAUUUAUUUAAUUUAAUUUAAUUUUUUCUGUCAAAUUCAGCGUGACAACUGCGAGGAACACGUUUAAUAAAUGAAGUCCCGGGUGAAAAGGGACGAGAGCAAAAAGUGGGAUUAGUGUAAAAGCUCCGGAGUUUGUGUUAGUUUGUGUUAGUUUGUGUUAGUUUGUGUUAGCUAAACUUAAACACUUUAAACAGUUGAAUAAUGUCCGCUCAGUCUGAGGUUUACUCCGCCACCAGAGACUCGCUUUUCUCUAAAAACACGUCCUCCAGCCCCAGGACACACGCGCUGAGUCUGGAGUGGGUGUACGGCCGGACGCCCUCCCUCCCCGUCCUCGCGCUGCAGGACAACGACCAGCAGGUGGUGCUGUACGCCGCCGCCAACGUGGGCGUCGUCUACAACCUCACGUUCAACUCCCAGCACGUCCUGCAGGGUCACAGUCAGAACCUGAGCUGUGUGUGUGUGAGCAACGACAGACGCUGGAUCGUCACCGCCGACCCCUCCCCCAUGAUCAUCAUCUGGGACUCCUACUCUGGGAUCCCCGUGUGCACGCUCUUCCACUGUCACCCCAAACACGACGUCUCUGAGGUACUUUUCUCCACAGACGCUCGCCUCCUGGUCACCGUGGGAACAGGAGAGCAACAGCAGCAGCACGUGUGUGUGUGGGACUGGACGUGCGACACGGAGACGCCGCGGUGCUGCUCGGAGCUCAGCCCAAACCUCGGACUCCAGAGGAACUUUGUGUUCAGCUCCAGUGGCUCUGAACUCCUGAGCUGCAGCCAAACGCACGUCCUGCACUUCACUCUGGAGCAAAAGUCUCUGUCCUACGUCUCCCUGAGGCUCAAGAAGGGUGGGUCGUUGGACGCUCGUUCCUCCUCUUCUUCUUCUUCGCAGUGUAUUUCCGUUGCGCGUGCAGCAGGUGGCGCUCCGGUGCAGUCGGCGUUUCACUGGGAGGAGCCGCAGGUCCUGACGGCGACAGCAGGGGGCGACGUCGUGGUCUGGGAGCUCGGACGAGGCGCCGGCGCCGCCAGAAGAACCACCGACGUGACCACGAUCCACCUGCAAGAGGCGCCCUUCACCGUCAUGAAGGUCACAGACAGGUGUCUGGUGACUGGAGACUCUGAGGGGUUGGUGAAGUUCUUCGGUCAGAACUUUGUGCUCUUGGCGUUUUACUCAGAGCUGCUCCAGGAGCCGGUCUCCUCCAUCUCCUUCUCCUGCGAGUCUACGGCUGGAGUCCUGCUGGAAUCUCCUCUGCGCCACAGACACCAACUCAUCAGGAACUUCAUCGUGUGCGGCUCCGGCUCGUCUGUGCUCCACGUGAACACGGAGAGCGAAGAGACCCGGAGCGUCCUGGAGAAGGAGCCUGAGCCCGUCCGCGCCCUCUGCUGCCACCCCUCACGCCCCCUGCUGGUGACGGGGAGCAGGGAUGGCGCGCUCACGCUCAGGGACACCCGAGACCGACGCACCGUCACCCGGAGGGAGUUCAGACGCCAGGGGGAGCUCACCUGUGUGACCUACGACCCCUCAGGUGAGCUCCUGGCUGUGGGCUUCUCCUCUGGCUCCGUGGACCUUCUGGACUCUGGUUCUCUGAGGAGUGACCCGGAGCAGGACUUUCACCUCAGUAAAGACGCCAUAACCCUGCUCAGCUUCUCUGAGGACGCCCGGUACCUCGCAGCUGCUGACCGUGGCUUCGCGGUCUCUGUGCUUCGUCGUGGUCCUGGAGGUCGUUGGGUGAAUAUGGGGCGUCAUCGUUCUCACUUUGGCCCGAUCCAGAGCCUGGUGUUUGGGCUGCAGCUGGACUCCACGCUGCCCCGGCUCCUGUCGCUGGGACUGGACCGCCGCCUGGUGGAGUACGACCUGCAGCUCCACUCUGACCCUGCCCCUGUCGCCCCUGUCGCCCCUGCCCCCCCUGGUCUCUCGGUCCUGUCGUCUCAGAGGGUGGAGCAGCGGGCGGUGCCUCUGGGUAUGACCUGGUAUCCUCCUCUGAGCACAGAACAGUUCCUCCUGAUCUGCUCCGACCAAUUCAAGCUCCGACUGAUCAACAGCACCACCCACAUGUGCAGGAAGGUGAUCCUGGGUCCGACCUACGGUUCUCCUCUUCAGAAGCUCCUGGUUCUGCCAAAGACCAAAGAGGAUCAGAGCAAAAACUACCACCUGGUCUUCAUCACACAGAACAUGGUGGGUCUGCAGGUGCUCCCUGCCGAUGGAAACCCGUUUAAGUCCCAGGCUCUGGUGUGUCACCCGUCUGGAGUCUGUUCGCUCAGCGCCUCCUUCGACGGUGCCCACGUCGUGACCUCAGGAUCCAACGACUUCACCACCAUGACCUGGAGCGUCUGCACAGAAGCUCUGGAGGCGGCUGCUGCUCUAGGAGGUUCAGGGAUGGAGCCGUUCUACAACAUGUUGGACGGAGGACGACACGGAACCUUCUACAAGGAGAUGGAGGAGCUGUUCUUCUUCCUGCAGUUGCGUCUCCAGGGCACAGACUCAGAGCAGAGGAGGAAGGUCUCCACCACCAUCCCCCUGAACCAGGUCUCCACCAUGAUGAGGGCCAUCGGCUUCUUCCCCACCGAGCAGGAGAUUGAGGACCUUCAGAACGAGCUGAAGUUCAGCAGAUAUGCAGAGACGGGGCAGUAUGUGACGGAGCUGGACCUGGAGGACUUGAUAAAGCUCUACGUGAACCACAGACCUGCGUUUGGUCUGGUGAAGGAGGAGCUGGAGCAGGCCUUCAACGUCCUCACAGGAGACCAGGAGAACAUCGACAGGAGCUCCCUGCUGCAGAUCCUACAGAGCCAAGGAGAGGCCAUGACAGAGGACGAGGUUCUCCAGAGUUUUUCUUCUCUCCUGAACCUGAGCCCAGACCAGGACUCCCCCAGAAGCUCCAAGAAUCUCCUCCCCCCUGAAGUAUCUGUGGAGACUUUAGCUCAGAUCCUGGGCUUUUCUUCAGCCCAACCAACCUGCAAAAACAUGAACCCCAACACCAGCAGCACCAGCAGCACCAGCAGCAGCAGCACCAGCAGCAGCAGUUCUCCUCUGAAGAUCUGA